AUGGAGAACCUUUACAAUGAUAUGGAAGAAUAUGGAAAAAUAUGCCAGCUGUAUUCCGAGAAAAAACAAAAAAGAGAAAAACAAUCGAACAAUAUUAAUGACGUACUAGAUGAAGAUAUAUUAUGGAUGUAUGAAACAAAGGAAGAGAAAGAGGCAAAAGAGCAGGAAGAAUUUUUAUUAGGAAAAAAAAUUGAUAUGCAAAAAUUAAUGGAAGAAGAGGAAGAAGCCAAAAAGGAAAUCAUAAAACAAAAAAAUAAUAUAGACCAUUUGAAUAAAAUCAGAGAGGAUCCAUUAACUAUUAUUAAACAAAUGGAAAUUCAAAGGAAGAAAAUGUUGGAUAAUCAGAUGAGGUUUAUGGAACUACACCGUUCUAGGGAAAUGCCAUAUGGUAAUGUCUUAAAUAGACAAAGUUGCAAAUCAAGUGACAACUCGUCAGAUGGUGAAGGAGUGAAAGCGAAAGAUAAGGAGAAAGAAAGGAAGAAAAGAAAGAAAGAGAAAAAAAGGAUGGAGAAAAUAAAGAAGGAAAAAAAACGAGAGAAGAUAAAACUAGAAAAAAAAUAUAAUGAAAAAAAGGAAAGAAAAAGGGAAAAGAGACGAAAAGAAAAAAGGAAACAUAUAAAGGAUAGGAAAGAAAGGGAAGUCAGCUCAGACACAGAAUCCGAAAUAGAAAAGAAAAAGGAAAUGAAAAAGGUGAGAAAAAAUAAUCAUAGCAGUAGUAAUGAAUUGUUAAAAGAAAAAGUUAGGGAUAGACUUACCCAUAGUAAAAGAAUACGAGGAGAAAGCACUGAAAGCGAAAAUAGACAAAAUUACCAUCGUCCCUUAAUUGCAACGUCGAAGAGAAAAAGAGAAAGCAAGAGUAGCUCUAGACAUAGCUCUGUUCACAGAAGUUUUCGUAGAAGGGACAUCUCCAAUUAUAAUAGCAGAGAUCAAAAUGGGAAAAAAGAAAGAAAUUGGAGAAUGCAAUGGGAAAAGAAGAGGCAAAGGGCGGGAAAAAAACAAAUAGACCUACACAGUGACACGCAAAGUGACAUGGAACGUGAAAGAAAAAGACGAACAAGAGAGCACUAA